UAAGGACUCACACGUACAUACACGCACGCGCGCGCGCUCGCGUCCAUAGAGAGGACUAUGUGAUUGAUGACGUACGACCGACGCUGGGCUACUCCUCGGCGAUUCCACAAGUGCAACAGCAGCAGCAGCUGCGCUACGGUCUCUCUUCGGGCAGGACGAGGCGGAUCUCGAGAUCGCGAGAUCGACCCACGUCGGGCUUUCGCGGGCGAUGCUCCGCGGUUGUCGGUGCGCCGAUCUGUACCUGCGGGCGCCCAGGAUAUCCGGAGAAUGCGCGGAGAGCCCGCUCGGUGGUCGCGCUGCUGCUACCGCUGGCCUUCCCUCGCGGAUGUGAUCCUUCCCUCUCGCCCGCUCGCCCGCUCUUCUCGCGUUAUCCAGUCGACGCCAGUUCCGGCCGUCUCGCGGUUGCUCGUCGAUCCAUCGUCGUCGGCGCGACACAGCUGACAGGUCUCUCUCUUUCUCUCUCUCUCUUUCUUUCUCUUUCUCUCGCGUCUCACGGCUGCGUCGCCAGCUGUGCGCAACGUCGAUUUGAUCUCGCGAGUGCCGCACGUGCGGGGAACUGGACCCCGGUGAGAGAUCGGAUCGAUCGAUCCUGCUGCUGGUGAGCGAGAGUGCGCGCGGCAGGACUCUUUUGGCCGACCGUCCGCGACUCGCACGCCUGUGAAUCUCGGACAACGACGACGAGGAGGACGGUCGUCGGUCACCCCGUUGCCGGGAAACGUCGCUAUUCAAGGUCCGGUCGCGAAUUAGAUGCGACCGAGGGGACCGUCGGCAGAGCGACGAGGUCUCCUGACGAGCUCCGUCUGAGGCGAAGAGACACGAGACGACGCCCGGACACCGAGCAACAUGGGCAACUGCUUCAGCAACCCCACGGACGUGGAGAAGGAGAAGCCGGACCGGAUAGGCAACCCUAGCAUCGAGGCGGUCGCGUCGCAGGCCAGCCCGGUGCCGACCCCGCCGCCCGACCCCAUCAGGCCGAUGCCGCAGAUUCCGGACGCGGAUGUCGCGACCGCCAAGAUAUUUGUCGCUCUCUACGAGUACGACGCUCGCACCGACGAGGAUCUGAGCUUCCGGAAAGGCGAGCACCUGGAGAUACUCAACGACACGCAGGGCGACUGGUGGCUGGCGCGGAGUAAACGCACCAGGCAGGAGGGCUACAUCCCUAGCAACUAUGUGGCCAAGUUGAAGUCGAUCGAAGCGGAACCGUGGUACUUCAGGAAGAUCAAGCGGAUCGAGGCGGAGAAGAAGCUGCUGCUGCCGGAGAACGACCACGGCGCCUUCCUGAUAAGAGACUCCGAGAGCCGGCACAACGAUUACUCCCUCUCAGUGCGCGACGGCGACACGGUCAAGCACUACCGCAUCCGUCAGCUGGACGAGGGCGGCUUCUUCAUCGCCAGGCGAACCACGUUCAGGAAUCUGCAGGACCUGGUGGAGCACUACAGCAAGGACGCGGACGGGCUGUGUGUGAACCUGUGCAAGCCUUGCGUGCAGGUUGAGAAACCCGUAACCGAGGGCCUGAGCCACCGUACACGAGACCAGUGGGAGAUCGACCGUUCGUCGCUCAAGUUCCUCAGAAAGUUGGGACAGGGGCAAUUCGGUGAGGUGUGGGAGGGACUGUGGAACAACACCACACCGGUGGCGAUAAAGACGCUCAAGCCUGGCACCAUGGACCCGAAGGACUUCUUGGCCGAGGCGCAAAUCAUGAAGAAGCUGCGACACAACAAGCUAAUCCAGCUGUACGCCGUGUGCACGAUGGAGGAGCCGAUCUACAUCAUCACCGAGUUGAUGAGAAACGGCAGUCUACUGGAAUACCUGCAAGGCAAAGGUAGAGGCGUAAAGUUGCAGCAACUGAUCGACAUGUCCGCGCAAAUAGCCGCUGGUAUGGCUUACUUGGAGUCGCAGAACUACAUCCAUCGAGAUCUGGCAGCCCGUAACGUCCUCGUGGCGGACGGCAACGUCGUCAAGAUCGCCGAUUUCGGCUUGGCCAGGCUCAUCAAGGAGGAUGAGUACGAAGCCCGAAUAGGAGCCCGCUUCCCCAUCAAGUGGACCGCGCCCGAGGCGGCAAACUACAGCAAAUUCAGUAUUAAGUCUGACGUGUGGUCGUUCGGUAUCCUCCUCACUGAAUUAGUCACAUACGGUAGAAUACCUUAUCCAGGUAUGACGAACGCCGAGGUCCUGCACCAGGUGGAGCACGGCUACAGGAUGCCGUGUCCACCCGGUUGCCCGAGUACGCUCUACGACAUCAUGCUGGAAUGCUGGAACAAGGACCCCAUGAAGAGACCGACCUUCGAGACGCUCCAGUGGAAGCUCGAGGACUUCUUCACCAUGGAAGGUUCCGAGUAUAAGGAAGCGUCCGCAUACUGAACAAAGGAGUUUUGAAAUCUUCCACGUUUACAUAUUACUCCGUCGGGAGACGCGCGAUAACGAUCAGCGCUGCCGUUAUCGCGGCACAGUGGUGGUUGUUACGCGGUCCUCUUCGUUAACCAUACGUGACGCCAAUGUUCGCGGUACUUCCGAGAAUACUGUAUAACCUUUAUACUCGAUCGACGAUGGUCAUUUUACGAACGAUCGAUAGAUGAUAGUGUGAUUUUAUUUAACGUUAAUUUUCCGUCUCUCCUCUCUCUCCCCGCCCCUCGUUUUCUAUCUUUUCGCCCCCGUCCUCUUGUUUUCUCCCCCAUUUCUUCUUUUUUCUUCCUUUUUUCUUUUUAUGUUUUCGUCUUCGUACAUUCUGUCUGCCAUAGGGGAUCGAAGAACGCGAUGUUUGUACAUUUUUACUUAUUACUUGACGGACGUACACGUCGGCAUAUUUUGAUAAUUCUCAGCGGCGGCGACACGUGGCUUUAGGUAUCGUUUUAGAUCGCAGUAAGGAUGUUACGACGUACAUAGAUAUUACUGGCCUUUGUAAAAUCGUUUGUAUAAGUGUCAGUUAGCGUCAGUUAUCGAGAUAGACCUCGAUCGCUCAGACGGUGACGUUGCGAUUGACGACAGUAGUAGAGCGAUGUAAUAUAUUCGUGUACAAUAUAUAAAUUGUACUUCCCGUGUUGCAAUUACCGUAUGAUUGUAUUCUAUUUACACGUGAGACUAUAUGAGACGACGGGCGCUAAUCCUCUUUCUCUCUCUCUUUCUCUGCCGGCCACACUCGACCGACGAUGCGGUCGAAACGACGGACCACGAAUGCACAAUUUAUCAUUCCUUCUCUGUCUCUCUCUUCUCGCUCGAGCACGAUGACUCGAACAUUCACGAUGAAUUCCCGCGAGACGGACAUGCGAAAAUCGUCCGGAGCGAUCUUGCGUGUGCGUCCUGUCGCGUGAAACGCGCCGCGGCGAUCAUCAUCGGCAGGACAUUGUCUCUUUGCCCGUCUCGUCCGGCUCGUCACAAAGCGACUAAUACAUUGUAAACUGCCAACUACGUUUUCUAAGGUAUAUUUAUCGCACGUAAGAUUACGAUAAGAUUUUCGGAAGCGUACGCGAGAUAUCGGUAACGUGCGCGGCCGAAGAUAGGCUUAUCGUUUCGAGGAAUCGUCGGAUUUUUUAUGUAUUUCGAGAAGGGAGUGUAAUUUCUCGGCACGAAUUGCGCCACCUUCGUUGAUCAUUCGGCCACGCGUUAUAUCGAAUUCGUAAUUUUUAUAUAUUUUUAUAUCGUGUACCCGAAAGGAUUUUAUUACUCAUUUAUCGCGACUUUUCACGUUGGCGAGUCACUUGAACUUGAGAAUAGUUAUGCUAUCCGUAUACACAUAGAGAAAGUAAAUAAAUAAUAUUGUAUAUACAUAAUACAUAUACGUAUGUGCAUAUAAUAUUAUUUAUAUUAUAUUUCAUAAAUGUACGAUUCUAAUAAUACGAUGUAAAGUUAUAUACAGAUAUUUUAGCGAUACUUUAAAACCCUCUUGAUAUACGCAACAGACACGCACAUAUAUACACUAGAUUUCAAAACAGUUGUAUUUUGCUUUUUCAAUGCAAUUCGGAAUGCAGCAGAUGUCCAGCGAGAGGACCGGAUAUUCCUCAGAAACGAGUUCUCUUGCUGGGCCACCGGCUGUUAUCCAAACUGCAUCCAAGAAAAAAAAGUUUGAAAUCGUUUAGGACUCAGUGUACGCAACACACACACACACACAUACAUAAAAAUAUGUACGGAAUGUGCCAAAACCAUCAUCGCCAUUCCCUUAAACUGUCAAUUCUAUGGUCGACUCGGAGUUAGCCUUUCUGCAACGAGAACUCGAUCGGUCAUCCGCUCCCAUCCACGACUACCUCGAGUUCCUCGCGACGAUUACGAUUCGAAGAUCGAUUCUCGGAGAACAACAUCGCGCUGUAUUUUAAUGUAGACACGCUCGAAAUGCCGAAAGGUCAAGCUCCAUCUCGUCAGAGAAUGCGCCUCCGAAGUUUGAUGCAAAUUUUACAAGGCACGCGCUCGUCGUAUACACGAGCCUUGUCUUAUACAUAUAUAUAUAUAUAUACAUAUACAUAUAUUUGUAAGAAAUACAGCGUCAGCAAGCAUCCGUAUAUUCUGUUCGAAAGUCAGAGCUGUGUUAAUGGUACCAAAUUAAUCGUAAAUUUCGAGAAUGUAUGCUUACCAGGCGGAACCAUUAACGAGACACGCGACGAACUUUUCGCUAAGGCAUAUCUUUGUCGGUUUCUCGAGAGAUCGUCGAUCAAGCGGCGAGAAGCACGAUUUGCAUCACCCAAGUUGUAUCUUUUUUUGUUUUCUUAUCUUAAGCGUCCCCCUUCCUCCCGUGAAAGAUUUCAAUCGAGCAGAAGAUAUAUGCAUCAUAUAUUUGUGUAAUAAGAUAUUACAGCGAGUGAUUUUGCAUUUCGACACGACUAUUCGCAGGUUCCCGCCGAAUUGUAAGAUUGCCGAGAGCUAACGCGCGGCGUCAUGAAGUUGUGACAAGUACGUUUAAGAAAUAAAUAAGAUAAAGAGACUAUGAUUACGAUAA